GUCAGCCUGUGGGAAUGAACUUCUAUAAAAUCAAGUCUCCCGGAUCGUUGGAAUCAGUAUUAUCUCAGAUCCAGACACGUUUACAAGUGAACUCGGGAUAAAGAUCUGUAAUAUUGGUGUAAAAAUGAUAAAGGAACUAGCCAUUGUUUGUGUUUUGGUGGCAAUGGCAUUCGCCAUGCCAGCUGCCGAAUACGCCGCUCUUGUGAGUGAUGUGCAACCGGACAGUCCAGCCGUUCUAGUGGUUCAGCAGGAAGCUGAAGAUCUCGAAGGUGCCGAAACUGCCUACGGCGGCGGUGGCGGUUAUGGCGGUUACGGUGGCGGACAUCGCGGUUUUGGCGGUGGUCGUGGUGGUGGUGGAUUCGGUGGUGGCGGUUUUGGAGGAGGUGGUUUUGGAGGCGGUGGUUUCGGAGGUGGCGGCUUCGGAGGCGGUGGCUUCGGAAGAGGCCAUGGCGGCCAUGGACAUGGACACUACGGAUAAACUACAAGAACCUCGCAUCGGAUUUGUGAUUUGUGUUCAAUUCAAAUGUAUCAUGAUUGUGCUUACGAACGAAUUAUAAUUGUGUAUUAAAUAUACAAUCGAAUAGUUGUUCCC